UGGCAGGCGCGUCACCUGCCCGCCGGUGAACCAGGAGGCGGGACCUGGCCCCUCCGGGGCGGCCGGAGAAGGGCCGACAUGACCCGGGCCGGGCCCUGGGCCCUCCUGCUCCUGUACCUGCUGCCGUCCGCUGAAGGGAGGCCCCGCCUGGCCCCGCCCCAGAACGUGACGCUGCUCUCCCGGAACUUCGGUGCGUACCUCACCUGGCUCCCCGGGCCCGGCAACCCCCAGAACGUGACCUAUCGUGUGGCCUAUCAGAGCUUUCUAGCAGCCCCUGAACGGUGGCGAAAAGUGGGAAAGUGCGCAAGAACCAAGGAGCUCACGUGUUCUCUGAUGUGCCUGGAGAAGCAGGACCUGUUCAACAAGUUCAAGGGCCGUGUGCGGGCGGUCUCUCCCAACGCCAAGUCCCCCUGGGUGGAGUCCAAGUACCUGGAGUACCUUUUUGAAGUGGAGCCAGCCCCACCCGUCCUGGAAGUCACUCAGACAGAGGAGGUCCUGAAGGUCAAUGCUACCUACCAGCUGCCCCCCUGCAUGCCUCUGUCAGAUCUGAAGUAUGAGGUGGAUUUCUGGAAGGAGGGGACUGGGAACAAGACCCGAUUUCCAGCCACUCCCCAUGGCCAGCCAGUCCAGAUCCCCCUCCAGGCAGAUGCCGGUGGAUACCACUGCCUCAGCGCCAGAACCAUCUACACCUGCGGGGACCCUAAAUACAGCGAGUUCUCCAAGCCCACCUGCUUCUCCCUGGGGAUCCCAGGAGUCCACUGGGCAUUCCUGGUGCUACUACCACUUCUGCUGCCGCUGCUGUUGGUUAUUGCCACGGGCUGUGUGAUCUGGAGGAGCUUCAGAGGGAACCCCUGGUUUCAGCGGGCAAAGAUGCCACAGGCUCUGGACUUUUCUGGACACAGAUACCCCGUGGCAACCUUUCAGCCCAGUGGCCCAGAGUCCCUGGAGGACUUGACCCUCUGUCCCCAAAAGGAACUGACCAGAAGGGUCAGACUGACCCCUAGAGUCAGGGCCCCAGCCAGCAUUCAGGCCGGAUCAGAGGACGACGAUGAGGAGGAGGAGGACGACGACGCAGACGACAGUGUCACCGUCCAGCCCUACAUUGUGCCCCGCGGUUUCCUGCAGCCGGAGCCCCAGACCCUGGGGCACUCGGAGGCAGGGGUCCAGGUCGAAGGCUGUCCUGCUUGCGAUUCUUCAGACGGAAGCUGGGCCAGCACUGGUGGCUCCUCCCUCCUGGAGGAGGCUGGGUCCUCUGGCUAUUUGGCCAAGAAGGGGCCAGGCCGAGGGCUGGGUAGGAGCCGGUGUCCGGAGCCUCUUCCAGGCCCCAAAUUCUCCAAGGACUUGGGUUCCCUGGAAGAGCUCCAGAGAAACAGCAUCUCCUGGGCCAGCUGGGGCUCCUCCUCACCGAGGCCGGAUCUGGUCCCCGGGGAGCCUCCAGUUUCUCUUCGGACACUGACCGUCGCCUGGGACAGCAAUGCCGAGGAGGAGGAGGAGAACGAGGAGGAGGAGGAGGAGGAGGAAGAGGAUGGAGAGGAAUCAGAAAUUGAGGACAGUGGUGCUGGGAGCUGGGGGGCCGACAGCCUCCAGAGGACCGGAGCCAGGAGUAGGACGCUGGGGCAUUACAUGGCCAGGUGAGCUGUCCCCCAGCUUCCUGCCGAAUCCAGUGCUGCUGAGCUUCCCAGGGGCCCAAGACGGCACAGAGACUUGAGGCCUGGGAGCAUGGUCUUGGGGCAGCCAUUGUUCUUGCAGCACUUCCAGAACCCCAGCUAGAGGCUGUCAAUCGGCCUGAGCAGUAAGAAGCCACCCCAUCCUGUGGCCCACCUGCCCUGGGCUGAGCCACAAGGGCACUGGAGAAAAGGAUGGGCUCAAGUCAGGUCACCCCGCUGUCCCUGGACAACACGAAACAGGUGAGACCAGGUCAGGGGGCAUCAAGGGCUGACACCACCAGGGCCAUCUGGGCUUGGGAGAGGACAUUCGGAGGCUCAGCUGUGUCAGAGCCUCCUGCCUUCCUCUGGCGCCUUCCUCCCCGAGGCUUGGCCUCCUGACUCAUGAGUCCCCCCUGGGGCGGGCCCCCAAGAGGAAAAGUCCAGUUGGCAGAGGGUGUUGGAGGGGAAGGGAAAGGGCAGCCGUCAUUCACAUCCCAGGCUCCAGCUGUGGAGAAUGCUCUAGGCUUACCGUCAGGCAGACCAGGGUCCAAAUCCCGGUUCUGCCACUUCCUGGUUGUGUGACCUUGAGUAAGCCGCUCUCCUUCUCCUGGAUUCCUCAUCGACGACUCCCACUUGGGGUGUGGGGGUCCUGAAAGCGAGGUGUGCAACACGGUGGCGCUCUCUCUUCUCGGUGGAUGGGGGACUCUCCAUCUGCCCAGGCUCUGAGACCUCUGGGCACCUCCCACCUGCGACCCUUGGACUCAGAGCACCUGGGAGCCUUCACCUCUUAGCUUGUCCAACCUCUCAUCUACCUCAUGUCUUCCACCUUCACUGUCUCCACCGCCAGGUCAGGGAAUGGAGUUCUCAGAAGCCAGAAGCCAGCCAAGGAGGACCUCCCUCUGCCCAGUAAAAAGCCAAGUGUUCCAUCUUCCAGGGGGUCUGAUUUGUUAGGGUGGGGCAGCAACCUGGCAGGGAGUUGGCCUCGUGGGCUGUGAUCCCUGUUGUGGACAGCACUUUGGUGACCAUUGUGGUUACAACAAGUCCCAUUUUCCUUCUAGUUAGGGAGAACCUUCUGGAAACAGGUUGUUACUGGGGGUAGUGAUGGGUGUUCACUUUGUUAACUGACACCCAGCAGUAUAUGGAUGAGCAUGGCUGAGUAUUCACCCAGAGGGAACAAGAUUUUGUUAGAAGAAGCUGAAAUGUUGACUUACUGUGUUUGUCCCCAAGGGUGAGAUCUUUGGUGUCUGGCCAGCUGGUCCAACCCCUGUUAUCUUGGCCAUGUCGGCAAAGUGCUGAGGUCACAUCCAGGAUUUCCAAGGGGCACGAAGCUGGCAAGAGGCCUUCACUGCUGGGACUCGCCCACAUACACACACGCGUGCACACGUGCGUGCAUUUCUGUGGGGUGGAAGCUUGUCCACCGUGCUGAGCACAGAGGCGGGAGAAUAAACUGAAGCCCUGUUGCUGGGCGAGGCUGGACUCAGGGCCAGUUCCCAGGCAAAUGCCCAGACUAAGGCUGAUGUUCUUUCUGAUUCACUGAUCCGAUCCCCAGCUUCCCCUAAUCUGCUGUGUGUUCCUUCCAGUGUGUUCUUUAUUAGCGCUCUGUCAUUCUUUAUUUCCGACUGGUCUUUUCCCGUCGUUACCAUAUCUUUUCUCGUGCUGUUGAGCAUCUUUGCCAUCAUUAUUCUAAACUCUAUAUCUGAUACAUUUCUUACCUCCGUUUCAUUUAGCUCUUCUGGAGAAUGCUCUUGUUCUUUCAUUUGGGGGUUGAUUUUUUGUCUCCCCAUUUUGGCUGCCUGUUUGGGUUUGUGUCUGUGUAUUAGGUGGAUCUGCUAUGACUCCCAAUCUCUAGUGCAGGACAACGUCAGACGCUGUUUCUGACUGGCCCUGAGUCCCGUUUGGAGCUAUCAGCAAUCCACAGCCUGUGGCUCCCUCUGCUGGGGCUGGGUGCCUUUGGAAAGGACCGAGAUGUGCACCAAGGUCUGCUUUUCCUAGCCCCUGGCCCGAAGAAGAUCAGGCAAAGACUCAAAGCCUCCGGACAUCCUCCUCUGUCUGCAGUCUGAUUGUUAUUCUCAGAGUCUUAAGAGGGUGCCUGCAUUUCCAGUCGCCUUUCACAGCCAGGUGUUAUGUGGGCACCUUUCUCAGUUCAGGUGCUCUGGGCUGGGGAGCCCAGCUUGGGGCUUAGACCCCAGCGCUCUCAGUGGGAGCCCCCCACAGCUGAGACAUCCCCCCGGAACUUCAGCUGCUGUCUGUGGGCGCCCGGCCAGCCCUCUCGCUUCUCCGCCCCUCCUGUCACUCUAUGCGGUCUCCACUUUCUCUCCUUGGUUUUUCUGUAGUUUAGUUAUAUUUCCAGUUUGGCCCACUUCCUCCGCCACCGUUUUUAAUCUCCGAUCAAUUCUGAUGUUUUUCCAACCCAGUGGAGCCACUUCAUGAAGGAAAACUUCAUGAAGUGUUUUGUGUGUGUUUU